GCUGAAGCAAAAAAUAUCCUCCGAAAACCAAGCGAACCCAGCUGCCGUCGCAGCCGAGUAAACAUUGAGAGCCGUGCGCCAUGGCUGCCGUGACCACCGCCUCCCUCUGCCCCGGCCUCGGCAAGCCCCGCCAAGGCCACGCGAAGUUGCCGAGAUCGACUGUCUGCCAUUGCCUCCCUGCUCGGCGGACGGAGGAGGUGCUGAACAGGCGUGACGCCCUGCUCGGCGUUCUCUUCUCGUCCGCCGCGGCGACGUCGGCGGCAACGCUGCUCGCACCCGCCGAGGCUUUCGCCGAGACCGCCGAGGUGCAGGAGGGAUUCACCGCGUACGAGGAUGAGGCCAACAAGUUCACCAUCGUGGUUCCACAAGGGUGGCAGGUCGGCGCAGGCGAGGGCAGCGGCUUCAAGAACGUCACGGCCUUCUUCCCCGAUCAAGACGCCAACUCCAGCGUCAGCGUGGUGAUCACCGGCAUCGGGCCGGACUUCACCAGCCUCAAAUCUUUCGGCAACGUCGACGAGUUCGCUGAGAAUCUGGUGACCGGACUGGACAGGAGCUGGCAGAGGCCGGCGGGGGUCAAAGCGAAGCUCCUCGACUCCAGGGCGUCCAACGGCAUGUACUACAUCGAGUACACGCUGCAGAACCCCGGCGAUAAGCGCCGCCACAUCGUCUCCGCCAUCGGGAUGGCCUUCAACGGCUGGUACAACCGGCUCUACACCAUCACUGGCCAGUACUUCGACGACGACGAGGAAUCCGCCAAGUACAGGCCUGCAAUCGAGAAGUCUGUCAAGUCAUUCAAGUUCACGUGAAAAGGUGAGGCGCCUUCAAAAAGAAGUUGAUCGCACGACAAGACGUGAAUAUCAACGGAGAAGAGAAAGUAUAUACUCCAUAUAAAGCAGCUCCCGGUCCAUGAUAAGUUCAGAACUUUGCGAAUGUAUGUAGGCGUUGUGAGCUUUGUCAAUUAGUCACUAUAUUUUUCCGGAAAAAGAUGAACACAGAGAGUUCCAAUA